AUGGCACCCAGUCAGUCAAGGAUACUCUCACUUGAACAGAUUCGCGAGACGACCCUUGCCAAGCUCGGUCGUUUUCCCUGUCGGUGGCAAGCGCACGCGACACAAGUCAUCCUCGAACGCAAGAACGACCUCAUCACUAUUGCACCUACAGGUUCAGGGAAAACACUGACCUUUUGGAUGCCACUUCUCUUCCGUGCCGACGGUAUUCAAAUUGUCGUGACGCCGCUCAAUAUUCUCGGCACUCAGAAUGAGCAAGAAUUGGCAAAAUUCGGGGUGCGCGCGAUUGCUGUCAGGGCAGAGACAGCGACACCGAAGGUUUUUCGUGAGAUCCGCGAGGGCAAGUACCGUGCAAUCGUCGUCAGCCCGGAGGAGUUGAUGAAGGUAGGCGGGGGAUUCGAGGACCUGUGGAACGACGAAGGGUUCACCUCGCGAAUCAUGAGCAUUGUCUUCGAUGAGGCACACUGCAUAAGUACCUGGAAGUCAUUUCGACAAGACUACAAGAACAUCGACCGACUCCGUUACCUUUUGCCGCAUGUCCCGUUCGUCCUCGCCACAGCAACUCUGCCAGGCGAGAUGCAGCGUGAGAUCAUGAAGACGCUGCAGAUUCGCGCCGACCGCUGUACCGUGAUACGGCGCUCGAACAAUCGCCCAAACGUGCACAUCGAAGUGCGUCGCAUCAAGCAUUCGCUCUCGGGUUACGAGGACUUGGAUUUCCUCGUCUUGCCGAGGACAGAGCGUGCAGCCGGGGACUUAAUCCCAAAGUUCCUGGUCUUCUUCGAUAACAUCGACGAUUGCAUGUCCGAGCAGUUCCGCGAGGAUGAUCUCGCGGCCUUCAAUGCAUCAAAUCUAUAUGGCCUGUGUAGCACAGAUUCCUUCGGAAUGGGCGUGAACGUCGCGGACGUUCGCAUCGUCGUGCAGUGGCGGAUGCCGCGUGAUUUGAACACGUUGUGGCAGCGCUUUGGACGCGCCGCGCGUGACCUGACACUCACGCAGUUGCAAUCCUCCUUGUCGAUGGUCGCUGCGACAGCUACCUCGUCCAUCACGAACAUCGAGCAACAGCGGGAAGCUGCUAGUGAGACGGAGAGCGCAGAUGCGACACGGCCUCCAGCUGGUGGUGUGUCAGAGGACCAAGGUCGGGGAUCAUCCCAGGAACGCCACAACGUGGCGCCGGUGUGGGGUCGCAGACAUCGAAGCAGCGCGUUUGUCGAGUCGACAAGGAGGAGCACGGAAGGGAAGAAAACAGACCAGGAAACGAGUGAGCUCUCGGCGGAGCUCGAUGCGCUAGUCAACGCAGCAACAAGGCCGCACCGCUGCUAUCGAGCGCCGAUCAUGGCGUACUACCGGAAUGACCAAAUCGGUACUUGCCUAUUAGAGCCGGAUGACCCUCCUUGCCUCGCCGAGGGCUGCUCUCGAUGUGCCACACGGGCACCCAUGCUCUGCUGUAUCCUGUGCUCCCCCGAUGCUCCCUGCUUCGCAGCAGUCGCGCCUCACGAAUGCGAUGCGGCGCCGCCUCAGCCGCGCGCGUCGCGCAUCAAGAAGGACACAACCAUCUCGCCAGCCGGACGCGACCUCAGGACGGCCCUCGACACCUUCCGCCGAGAGCGGACAAUCAACAAAUAUGGCCGGGCCUUACUCGACAACCUCGGCGCGAGCGUUGUUCUUCCGGACAACGCUAUCGACCGAUUGGUUGAGUGCGCGCAGGCUGGCAAAAUCAAAUCUCUAGACGACGUACAGCGCGAGGUAGGGAAGAAGUGGGGCAAGGCACGCGAGUAUGGAGAGGAAGUGGCAGCCAUAAUACGGCGCAUCUUCCCUCUAGACAAUCCUUUCGUGGUCGCUCCGCUCACUCCUCGGCCGCAACCCGUCAACGCAGCGCAUGUAGGCUCCUCGACCGCACCAAACCACAGCAGUGCUCUGGCUACUCCGACGCCGGCAAGACGAACUGUUCGGCAGUACAAGUGCAGCGCAUGCGGCGCAGCUGGCCAUAACAAGAACAACCGAUCGUGUCCUAAAUAUGCGAGCAAGGCUCAGCAAGAGAAUGCCCCGCCGACGGCUGCGACGGCAGGCAAUGCUGAUGAGGGCCCGGCCUCAGACACAGACGAGCAAGAAGUGCAACCACGACAAUCUCCACUUCCAGCGCCUUCGACUGUGUUGGACACUCUGUUCACGACUCCAUCUUAUCGACGUAAUGCUCGGGUGGCAACACUCGAGCAGAUCCGUGCAGAGCAACAUAGCCUUCAGUCGCCUCAGCAACAGGACACAGUGUCCACUCCAGGAGGGCGGGGCUGGUCACGGAACCUGGCGUGAAUGGUUCAUCCGCGGAGGCGUUGAUGAUGCCGGUGCCGCCGUCUCGCUUUUACGGGAGUCCUGCGAGACUCAGAUAAGUAUUCCAUCUCGUCAACAUGCUCAGCUGCCAUAUCUACGCCGUCCUCGGGCGGUCCAGCACUGUCGGCCUCAUCACCGUCACUGCUCGUGCUCCCAAGCAUGAGCCCAAUUCCCUUACUCAGCAUAUCUCGAAUACAAUGCGCUGACUUCCGUCCCUCACGUCGCUCGUGCGGCCUCGUUUCAUCCAUGUUUUUGAGUAGAGCAUUAAAUGUUAUUUUGAGGUUCUUCUUUCCA